AUGAGGAACUUGGUUGUGCUAAAUAGAGGACACAUUAGUCCUGAAUCGCAAACGUACCCAGAUUUGCAUAUUAUAGACAGCGUUUACGACACAGUGUCCGAUGCAAUAACAUUUGUACUAUCCUCAGAGGAAAGUCAAAUCAUUGAAGUACAACAAUUUCACAAGAAUGGGAGCGUGUCGGUACUAGCAAGCUUCCCAGUUAAUGCGCAAUUGUUAAAUACUGUACAUUUUGUCGACUCAGCACAAUUGGUGUUUGUCUUCAGCAAUGGUGACAUCAUCACCGCAAGUUACGAUCCUCAACAAACAAACGACUAUGACCACACUAUCAUUGAAAUAGUUGGUACCAUUGAUGUUGGAUUGAAAGCUGCACAAUGGUCCCACGAUGAGGAAACGUUGGCCAUGGUGACCAACGAAAACAAAUUGCUCUUGCUUUCAAGAGUGUUUGAGCCAAUUUCAGAAAAAUUAUUGGAUUCCAAUGACGUUAAAAUCUCCGACUCCAAACAUGUUUCAGUUGGGUGGGGAAAGAAAGAAACACAGUUCAAAGGUAAAGGCUUCAAAGCAUUAGAAAGAGAAAAGGAAGCUUUAAAACAUGCUGGAUUGGAUGAAAACGCAACCCAGUUGCGUGAUCCAACAGUGAAUGAAGUCGAAAGAGGUACAAUUUCGGACUUUGAUGAUGAUACUGUGAGGAUUAGUUGGAGAGGCGACUCCGAAUAUUUUGCAGUAAACACCAGAGAGCCAGUCUUGGUUGAAGACACUAGCGAGAUGUAUGAUCGAAGGGUUAUAAGAGUGUUCAAUAGGGAAGGUGAACUCGAUAGUGUCAAUGAAGCAGUUGACGGAUUGGAACAAAAUCUUAGUUGGAAACCGCAGGGUGCGUUGAUCGCGUCAACCCAGAGGCACAUUGAUGAUGAAGAUGGAGAAGAGGUGCUCGACUUGGUUUUUUACGAAAGAAAUGGGCUUAGACAUGGGCAAUUCAAUCUCCGAGUUGAUCCUCGUGAAGAAGUUGUACAGAAUAUUACUUGGAGUUCUGAUAGUGAAAUAUUAUUAAUUCAAUACAAGGAUAGAGUACAGCUUUGGACCACCAAGAACUACCAUUGGUAUAUGAAGCAGGAGCUUUUUGCCGCUAACAUUUUAUUCACAAAAUUCCACCCUGAAAAACCAUCAAACUUUAUGAUUGGAAUGAUAAGUGGCUUACAAAUAGUUGAUCUCACUUACAAGAUAGUUACGGGCCCCACGUGGUUCGGCAAUGAUUUGGGUAUGACUUUGGUUACGGAUGGCUCAACAGCUAAAGUAACUCCCUUGUCGGUUGCCAAUGUCCCACCACCAAUGAGUUUGCGUGAGUUGGACGUUCCGGAAAACAUUAAUGACCUUGCAGUUAGUAGAUCGAAUGAAAAAUAUGCAGCUUUGUGCAGCAACAAUUACAUCUAUCUCAGUGAGUUGAGUAUUGCUGAAAUGAGACAAGGAAAACACCCGAAAGUGUUGAGUAAAAUUGCUGCAGAUGUCUACAUCAACGAAUCCAAUGAAGUAGCAAAACAAAUUGCUUUCAUUAGGGAUGAUUUUGUCGCGGUUGCAAUUGACGCACCAACAUAUUCGCGUGUGGUAUUGAUGGAAGUGGAUGAUAUAAAGAACCCCAAGCUCAAUGAUUCAGUCGAUGUCACGCCCAAAUUAGUGUUGAUGAAAUCGAGAGCAGACUUCAACGCUGUGAUUAUCGAAACUGUUGAUAGCAGACUCAUACAAUUUGAUUCCACACAAGACCUCAAAGAAAUUUGCAAGCUCCCACAAUUGUGUCGUGAAUUUGAAGUAAAUUAUAAAGAAGAAAGUGAUGAGUUCGAGUGUUUUGGCUUAUCACGAAAUGGGAAACUAUUCCGUAAUGAAACUCCAAUCGUCAGUGGUGUUACCUCAUUAUUGAUAACUGAAUCACAUUUGCUAUUCACAACAGUUCUUUCCAAAUUGUGUUUUGUUCAUUUGAACUCUACUCAUGAAAAUUACGAGGUAUUUCAAAACUUAUCAAACGAGAAUAUAGUUGAUGAAAGAGUAAGGCAGAUUGAAAGGGGAUCAUUUUUAGUCAAUGCAAUGCCUACCAAAUACUCAGUUGUUUUGGAAGCUCCAAGAGGGAACCUUGAAACUAUAUGCCCAAGAAUUAUGGUGCUUUCAGCCAUUCGUAAAUUCAUCACAGCAAAAGAUUUUUACAAUGCAUUUCUAGCGUGUCGUACGCAUAGGAUUGAUUUGGAUAUAUUGCACGAUUAUGACCCUCCUUUGUUCUUCAACAAUGUUGAACUUUUCAUUAAUCAAAUUCAAAAAGUUGAGUAUUUGGAUCUUUUCGUGUCUUGUUUGCAUGAAGAAGAUGUGACCAAGAGCAAGUAUAGAGAAACAUUAAUUGAUGCUGGUAUUAAGGAGUCAGAAAUCAAGCAAAAUGGAGAAACUUUGCAACCAGCUUUCCGCAAAAAAUUUGCCAGCAAAAAGGAGGAAGUAUUUAAAAAUUUCCAUGAAUCAAAGGUCAAUAGAAUCUGCGAGGCUGUUUUGUCAGUCUUGCUCAAGCCAGAGUACUUUGUUAAUUAUAUGCAAACCGUGUUGACAGCUUACGCGUGUGAAAAGCCACCCAACUUGACUGAGGCAUUGAAGUUGAUUGGUAGUUUGGGAGAUGAACAACAAAAGGAAACAGCAAUCACACAUUUGUGCUUUUUGCAGGAUGUCAAUAAGCUUUAUGAUACGUGUUUGGGUUUGUAUGACGUCAAAUUGACGUUAUUGAUUGCACAACAAUCCCAAAUGGAUCCAAAGGAAUAUUUGCCAUUUUUGCAAAACUUACAUGUGCAACCGGAGUUGCGUAGAAAAUUUUUGAUUGAUGAUCAUUUAAAGCAUUAUGAUUUAGCACUACAUUGGCUACACGAACUGGGAGAAAGUGCUUUUGCAGAAUUUGAUGAUUAUGUUGUGAAGCACGACUUGUAUAAACUUGGGUUGAAAAUUUACGAGUACAACAAAGAAAGAAGCAAUAAUAUUAUGAAUUUAUUCGCUGAAUAUUUGCAAAAAGCCAUUAACUUUAGCGAGGCUGGUUUGGCAUUCGAAUAUUUGGGAAAAUUGGAACAAGCGUUGGAGAAUUACAUUUUGGCCAAAAAGUGGAAAUCAGCCUUGUCAAUCGUCGAAAAGCCCGAGUUCAAAGGCAAAUUCGAAACAACUGCCAACAACCUCGUAAAUACGUUGACAGCUGACCACAAGUACAGCGACGCUGCCGAAAUUGAAUACCAUUUCUUGGGAAAUGUCGCGGAAGCAAUCAAGUUAUAUUGCAAACAAUAUUGGUUUGAUCAGGCAAUCCUCGUUGCCGAAAAGGAGUCACAACCCGAUCUCAUUGAAUCUGUUGUUGACGUUCAGAUCAAUGAAGGUUUCGGUACCAUUGCAGAAUUGUUAGCAGAUUGUAAAGGGCAAAUGAACUCACAAUUGAGACGAUUAAGGGAGUUGCGUACCAAAAAGGAAGAAGACCCCUACUCCUUUUACGGCACUCCUGACGACUUAGACACACCAGAUAACGUUUCCGUUGCUGCUUCUGAAACAUCCACAGCACCUUCAUUCUUCACUCGUUAUACAGGUAAAACGGCCGGAACUGCAAAGACUGGAGCGUCACGUAGAACCUCCAAAAAUAAGAAGCGUGAAGAACGUAAAAAGGCCAAAGGAAGGAAAGGAACCAUUUACGAAGAAGAAUAUUUGAUACGAUCAGUCGGUCGUUUGUUGGAAAGAUUGGAUCAAACGCAACCUGACGCACUCAAGUUGAUUGAUGGAUUAAUAAGACGUCAAAUGAAGGAGAAAGCGUAUCAGAUCCAAAAGAAUUGGUGUGAGUUGAUUGAUUUCAUUUCAGAAAAUAUUGAUGAGAUUCACAGCAUGAGUGAAAAGGAUCGUGAGAGAAUUGAUGAUAAUGGGGAAGUCUACUUGAUGGAAGAAAUUCCGAAACCUAAAGUUAACAAGUUCCCCAAAUUCAGCAUAUUAGAUUACUAG